ACUGAUGCAACGGCAAACAACACUUCUUCUGUUUUUAUGCUUAGCAACAAUAACUUUAGUUUAAGUGAUAAUUUAACAAUAAUUUUGCACAAGAACCCUAACAUCACAGAAUUAUACCUGAAUAACAACACUAUUCCCAUUCUACACAGCUAUACCUUUUGCAAUCUUUCAAAACUAACAAUUCUAGAUGUCAGUAAUAAUUCCAUCCAAACAGUUGAACAAGCAGCCUUUGCUGGCUUAAAUCAGUUAACAGCUUUGCAUCUACAGAACAAUGAAAUUGCCCAUUUAGAUUCUAGUGUGUUUGUAUUUCUAAAGAGCUUGAAGAUCUUGAACUUACAAAAUAACAACCUUGGACAUUUUGAAAUUGAAGUAUCGCUUAAUUUGACAACAGUUACACUAUUUGGAAAUCCAUGGAAUUGUUCAUGUGGCCUGCUUAGUUUACAGAGCUGGUUGAAUAAUUCACAAUUAAUAAUAGAAAAUGAAAAAAAUACCACAUGCACCUCUCCAGAUAGUCUAAAAACACAACCCAUCAAAACAGCACUUCUAUCUAAUUGUAACAGAAAAGAGGAGACUGAAGCAAUCACCAAACUUUACAGUUCUAUUAAUUCUAGCAAUGAUACUGGAGCCUCUGGAUAUAAUGAUACAGAUCGAAAAUUAUCAUAUUCAGAUUUCCCACCCAUUGGCAAAAGCUGGAAAUUUCUGAUUGGUGUCUUUAUAGUUAUUGUUACUACUACAAUGCUGAUUAUUACUGCCAUUAAAGUCCCAGUGUGGUACCGUCAUAUGAUUAGUUACAAUCAUAGCCGUCUGGAUGAAGAUGAAUCUGGAAUGUUUGAAGAAAAUUUUUCCACAGAUAUGUGCCAUUUCCCACCAGGACCAAAUACCAAUGAAAAUGACUCCAUAGUGAUAUUUGAACAAUUUCAUACAUUUGUUCCAGAAGAGGAUGGAUUUAUUGAAGAUAAGUAUAUUGAUACAUGAAGACUUGCUUGACUGAAUCUAUUUGCCUUAUGCUGUAAUAUUAGCACAGAUCCGUAGUAUACAAACUUUUAUGAACUACAGAGC